GACGUGUAAUACUUCGUGUGUAAUAUAUACUGUGCGUAUUAUGUAACUUGAGACAUGUGCGUGACAUUUUUGUAAACUUUGUGACGUAGAUCUUUAAUCUAUAUAUAUUUGUUAUUAUUAUUAAUCAGUAAUAAAUUAGUAAAAAAUAACUAAAACAUGUCCAAUUCGCUUGUUCAUAAGAGUCUUGAACUCUUCGAAUACGAUGAUUUGAAAAAAGAAAAAAAGAAGAAGAAACAUAAUAGUUAUAAAGGAACUUUAGAAUUAAUUCCUGCUAAGCAUAGAAUUAUUUCUUUCAAGGAAAAGACAAAUAUCAAUAUUUUGGGUCGAUCCAAUAAGGUUACUGUAUAUGAAGCUAAAAAAAGAUUGGAGUCGAAGAAGAAUUUAAUGGAAGAAAAUAUACAGAAUCUUUUAUUAUUGAGUAGUAAUUGUUUGGAUCAACAUACAGUUGACAAGGUUUUAAAACGAGCUGUUAAGAAACAAUAUAUUCCAAAAGAGAAAAAGAAGCCAAAACAAGAAAGUACUGCAUUUUCGGAGGAAGAUUUUAAGAAAUUUGAACAAGAAUAUGUAGACGAAUAAGGUUAUCGUGAAUUUGUAGUUUCACGACAUAAUAAUAUUUAUUUAGAUGAAAAUUGUGAUAGAUAUUACAGUUUCUCUUAUUAUUUAUUGAAAAUAAUCUUAAUUCAUCGUUCGAGUUGUCAGUAAUAUUUCUUUAAUAUGAAUUGUUGGUAAUAUGUUAAAAUUAUCUUACGAAUUAUCGAUAAUAUAUUUGAAUUAUCUUACGAGUUGUCGAUAAUUUAUUUGAACUGACUUUAAUUUGUUUUAAGAUUUUCAUAAGUUUUCUCUAUCAUUAUUCGAAAGUUUUGGAAUAGAUAAAUAUUCUUAUUUAUUUAAAAUUAAGAUACGAGUCCUUUGUAAUUGAAAAUGAAUCAGUAUUCAUCUGGCGCAAGAGA